AUGGGCUCCGUCGACACAACGCCGGCCCUCCGGGUCCAGCCCUUGACAAAAGGCACAUCGAUCGACCACCUCGACUAUGUCGACGUGUCCCCCAUCAUCGGCCGCGAGUACCCGACCGCCAGCCUCAAGCAGAUGAUUGACGCGCCCAACGCCGACGAGCAGCUGCGCGACCUGGCCAUUACCAUCUGCGAGCGCGGCGUCGUCUUCUUCCGCGCGCCCCAGGACGACCUGUCCAUUGACGAGCAAAAGGACAUUACCGACCGGCUGGGCAAGCUGACGGGACGCCCCGCCGAGAACGGCCUGCAUGUCCACCCGCUGUACAACGACCCCAACAACAUUCCCAUGGCCAACGGCCAGACGGACAAGAAUAUUUAUGUCAUCAACUCGGAGGCCCAGAAGAAGCUCUACGCCACCAUGAAGAACCGCCCGGCCGCCACCGAGCCCCGCGAUCUCGGCCGCGAGUGGCACAGCGACAGCCUCUUUGAGACCUGCCCGUCCGACUUUUCCUUCUUGCGCAUGCAGUCCACGCCGCCCGCCGGCGGCGACACGCUGUGGGUCUCGGGCUACGAGCUGUACGACCGGCUGUCGCCGCCGUUCCGCGCCCUGUUUGAGAGCCUGACGGCCACCUGCGCCCAGCCCGUGUUCCAGUCCGCCUGCGAGGCCGGCGGCUACGACGUCAUGAGCCCGCGCGGCGCGCCGCAGAACGUCGACUACGCCUUCUCGCCCGUCCACCCCGUCGUGCGCACGCACCCGGUGACCGGCUGGAAGUCGCUCUUUGCCGGCGUCGGCCUGCACGUCUCGCGCAUCAACGACGUGUCCUCGUACGAGGACCAGCUGCUGCGCGACUACACCCUGCGGCUCAUCACGCGCAACCACGACUGCGUCGCCCGCAUGCACUGGACCCGCGGCGCCUGCGCCAUCUGGAGCAACGAGUGCACGCUGCACGCGGCGACGCCGGACACCCACCUCGUCGAAGGCGUGCGGACCGGCGUGCGGGCGUCUGGCAUCGGCGGCGUGCCGUACCUGGACCCGGCCAGCACGGGCCGCCGUGCGGCUCUGGGGCUGCCGCCAUUUUAG